AGUGAUUGGGCGGUCACUUUACAGGUAGGGUUAGACUUAGGUCGUCGGUUGCGGACCUGUUUAGGUUAACCGGACAAAUUGGGCUUGGGGAAAAAAAAUGGCUCCGGCGAAGAAGGGGAAAGCGAAGACGAACUCAGGCGACUCAAUUGUGUCCACUUCGAAAGCUUUCCCUUCCUGUAUCCGCUUCAUAGCUCCGUCAUCCGUCGCCAUCACCAUUCACGCCAAGCCCGGAGCCAAGUUAUCUUCAAUUACCGAUUUCAGUGACGAGGCGGUUGGGGUACAGAUAGACGCUCCUGCUAAGGAUGGGGAGGCUAAUGCAGCACUUGUUGAAUACGUUAGCUCGGUAGGACCGUUGGAUUUUUUUUUUCAAACCGAGAAUAACUCCAACCAAGCCCAAACUCGGACCAUGCCAGGCAUUUGCUAAUCCGACAGACAGGAUAGUUGGACCAAGGCCAGCGCAAACCACUUGGGAAAUAGUUUCGCCAAUUUAGAUUCGAAAUCUUGACUUCAGGUGAGUCUUUACCUGCUAGGUUAUGGCCAAGUGGUUAGGACUCUUGGAAGAUACUCAUUAGGUUAGUAUAUACAAAGACAGACCAUGGAGGUUUUUGUUUUCUCUUAGAAUCUCUCUUCCACCAAAAUAAUGUGUUUUGAUUUCAUGCGAGUUUGGAUGCUUACAGUUACAGAGACAUGAUCAGGCAUUCAUUUGGAUGUCGGUAACAUUGGCUACAGAGCUUUACUGUUAAAAAAUGAGUUUGCAAUGAGCUUUUGCCUCCUAUAUGAAGAUCUUUGGAUGUUGGUGCACCUACACUAUGGAGUUCAUAUCUUAGACUUCUGAUACCUAAUUCAACCAAGUCGUGUUCCACUUGUGUUGCUCAAUAUAUUGUCAGUUUGUUCAGGGAUUGAACGCCUUGAAGGCGAGUAGCAUGAGGGGGGGCUUGUGGCAUGGUGGUAAACUUGUUUCAAUGAAUGUGAAACCUAGAGGUCACAAAUUGCGUACAUCUUGCCCUUCCUACACCCAGCCCCUUCAAUAUGGUAACCCAACGGAGUUGUUUACCUUUUUACUUAAGCCGACAAUGAAACUAUCUUGUCCAUUGGGGCGUGGCCUAGCAAAAAUUUUAGACAGUUUAAGGUCUAAGAAUUGAAUUAUUUGAAGAGUAAACUUGUGUCCUGUGGGAUUGGAGGGUUUGCAUUUUUUUUCUUAAGCAGUGCAUAAAUUUAAUUCUUUAUGCAAAGAGAGAGUAAACAACAGUUUUUACCUUACUUUCUCAUUUUAUGAUUGCUCACUGGUUCAGUAUAGAAAUCAUUCAAAAAGUUCAUUGUUUAUAUUGCAUGGGAAGUAUAUUACACCGUUUAGGUAUAGAAAAAGAGAAGAAAAACCAGUCUGUACUCCUAAGAAUUUUCAAGUAGAGGCCUGACUAAAAACUGCUGCUAGGAUAUCUAUACUUGGAUUGCUGUGGGAGUUAACAACGAUCCUCCUCAUCUGAGUUGUGAUUUGAAAUUUUGGUUAAGUAGCUAAAAGUACAAUGUGUUUGGUUUUUCAAUGGAGAUUAUAUUUUAUUUUAUCAACAGAUAUUUUUAUUCAACUAUAGUGUCUUCAAUG